AUGGUUGCCGAAACAGCGACGAAGCGGAUCAAGCCCGAUCCCCUUAUUAUUGGCACUCACAAUGGCCACUUUCAUGCGGACGAAGCCCUGGCAGUCUACAUGCUUCGUCUCCUUCCCGAGUAUGCGUCUGCUGCUCUCGUCCGCACUCGCGAUCCUGCGCUUCUAGAGACCUGCCACACAGUCGUCGAUGUUGGCGGUGAAUAUGACGCUUCCAAGAAUCGCUAUGACCAUCAUCAACGAUCCUUCAGCACGGCUUUUCCCGAUCACAAGACAAAACUCUCCUCUGCCGGUCUAGUCUAUAUGCAUUUUGGCAAAGCCAUCAUUGCUCAACACACCAAACUUCCUAUCGACCACCCUGACGUGGACCUGCUUUACCGAAAACUGUACGAUGACUUCAUCGAGGCGGUCGAUGCGAAUGACAAUGGUAUCUCCAAGUAUGAUGGUUCACAACUCGAACAAGCUGGCAUUGAGCAAAAGUUCAAGGACAGUGGGGUGACCCUGGCAAGCUUGGUCAAUGACCUGAACCAUGAAGAUCCCUUGACCCUUGGUGCGCCCUCACGUUCCACCGAAGAUCAACCCCAAGCCGAAGAGGACUACAGAUUUACUCAGGCUUCGACGCUCAUGGGUACCGCUUUCUUGCGCAAACUCCACGGCGCAGCUACUGCGUGGCUGCCUGCACGUGCAAUUGUCAAAGAAGCCUUUCAAUCUCGCAGCAAAGAACACCCUUCUGGUCAACUCAUGGUCCUGCCACGCGCCGGUGUACCGUGGAAAGAACACCUGUACAAUAUCGAAGAUGAAAACAAGGUUCCUGAAGACCAAAAGAUUCUCUACGUGAUAUACCCUGAGAAAGAGGAGCCUGGCUCCAAGUGGAGGAUCCAGGCUGUGAGUAAAGAUUUCUCAAGCUUUGAAAACCGAAAGAGCCUACCAGAACCAUGGCGUGGCGUGAGAGACGAAGAGCUCGAUGCUCUGCUCGGCGACGACGUUGAAAAUGGCGCAGUCUUUGUUCAUGCAAGUGGCUUUAUUGGAGGUCACAAGACAGAGGCUGGAGUCCGGGCGAUGGCUGCCCUCGCUUUGGCCGCGUGA